GAUCAACACCCUACAUCCCACUCAGUUUUAGAAGCAGCCUCACCCAUACUCCGCCUCCCUCAUAUUCUUUCUCACCUCUCUCUCUCUACCUUCUCCAGACAAAUCGUGGAGGCUCUUGAGCUCCAUCAUUGCCAGAAUCUCUUAGCAGAAACCUUCUGCACGCGGUGAAUGAAGGUUUGGGAAGAUCGGAUCUGGUAGGGAGGGAUCAGGGGAGGGGGUGGGUCGGGUUUGGGAAGAUCGGUGGAUGUAGAGCCUGAAUCGGGAAUCGCGUUGGGAUCCGAGUCUGAUAGGGAGGGAUCAUGGGAGUGAGGUGCGUCGGGUUAGGAGAUGUUUGUGAGAGAAGAGCAGGUGCGAGUCAGAGAGGGAGUGAGGAGUCGUGGUCCUCGUCAAUAUUUCGUAGCCGUCGUGGAAGCCUGCGAAUUCGGAGUCAGCCGCACCUCCGGUCGUAGGAAGUGGAACCUUCUUCAGCUAAUUAAUUAAGUGAGCAACAUGCAAUUAGCAAAGGAAGCCAGAAUCGAAGUAGCCAGAGAGAUAAGAUGCUCAUUAAGGAUAUAAGGUGAUGGGUACAAUGUUAGUAAUAAAGGUUCAUCUGUAAGUUUCUGCUGAAUCUGCGAACCAGUUUUGGCAGUUGGUUGUUGAUCCUGCCACCAAAGAACUAUUGCAUUAUACUGAGAAGCCAGAGACUUUUGUGAGUGAUUUGAUCAAUUGUGGUCUAUAUGUAUGUACUCCCACAUAUUUUACUGCCAUUCAAGGAGUCUCGAGUCAUCAAGAAGGCAAAGUCAUCUGACACAGGUGUCAGAAUAGAGGCACAAAAACUCCUGAUUGGUGCUUACCUGUGUCAGCACAAACCACCUUAUUGUGCCCAAUGACCAAAGGGCACGCCCAUAGAGGGCACACAUGAUGUUUUAGUUGCUGCACUGUUGCUUUUGCCGGGCACAUAUGAUGGUGUCCUUGGGCCUCAUAGGGCACAUAUAACUUUUAGUGUGCAAUGGCAGUUUUUCUUCUAGUGUGAGAGAGACACAAACAGAUGGAUGGUAUUGAAGCUAAUAUCCCCCCUCAUCGAGAAAAGAGACACAAACAAAUGGAUGGUAUUGAAGCUGAUAUCCCCCCUCAUCGAGAAAAGAGACACAAACAGAUGGGUGGUAUUGAAGCUGAUAUCCCCCCUUGUCGAGAAAAGAGACACAAACAGAUGGAUGGUAUUGAAGCUAAUAUCCCCCCUCGUCGAGAAAAGUAUGAUGUGUUUAUCAAUUUCAGAGGUGCGGACACCCGCCUUGGUAUUACCAGCCAUCUUCAUGCUGCCUUACUUCAGAAAAAAAUUGAAACCUACAUCGAUUACAGACUUCAGAAAGGAGAAGAAAUCGGACCUGCCCUUCUAGAGGCAAUCGAGAAGUCCACGCAUUCGGUGAUCAUUUUCUCACAAAACUACGCUUCUUCCACAUGGUGUUUGGAUGAGCUUGUGCAUAUACUCGAAUGCAAGGAAAGAUAUGGCCAGAAGGUUAUACCCGUAUUCUACGACAUCAAUCCAUCUGAUGUACGAAAACAACACGGGAGUUAUGCGGGUGCAUUUGCUCAACUUGAAGAACGUUUCAAGGACAGUAUUGAUAAGGUGCACAAGUGGAGGGCUGCUUUGAAGACUGCAGCUGAUCUGUCUGGGUUUGAUUAUUCAAACAAAUAUGGGACGGAGGCAGAUCUAAUUAAGAAUGUUGUCGAUCAUAUUUGGACAAAUUUGAAAUGUGAAUCAUCAUGUGAUUUAGAGGGCCUGGUUGGAAUUGAAAGCCACAUCGAGCAAAUUGAAUUGCUACUGGGCAUUCAUUCACAGGACGCUUGCAUCACUGUAGGUAUUUGGGGCAUGGGUGGUAUUGGCAAGACCACCCUUGCUGAAACUAUAUUUCACAGACUCUCUUCUAAAUUCGAAGCUUCUUGUUUUCUUAAAAAUGUCGGGGAGAAAUCAGAACCACCAGAUGGACUAGAUUGCUUGCAAAAUAAACUUCUGAGUGAGAUAUUAGGGGAAGAAGGUCUAUCCAUAGGAUCAACUGGUGUUCAAAAUAGGCUUAGUCGCACAAAGGUCCUCAUUGUUCUUGAUGAUGUGAGUAGUCCAAUGCAAAUGCAACUUUUAGCUGGUGAUCGUCUUCGGUAUGGCACUGGAAGUAGAAUCAUUAUCACAAGUAGAGAUAGGGACACACUUAGACAAACUGUUAAAGAGGAUAAUAUCUAUGAGGUUAAGGUAUUAAAACCAGAUGACGCUUUUCAGCUCUUCUGUUUGCAUGCUUUCAAGGAUAACACUACUCGUAGAACAGAUUAUGAGGAGUUGGCGAAAAAGACCGUGGAUUAUGCCAGACGCGUUCCUUUAGCUCUUACAGUUCUGGGGUCCUUGUUCUUCAGUUGCAACAGCAAAGAAGACUGGGAAGAUGAAUUCAACAAAUUGAAACAAUCUCCCAGUGAAGAUAUCCAGAAAGUGUUGAGAAUAAGUUAUGAUAGAUUGGGAAAAUAUGAGAAGGAGAUAUUUCUGGAUAUAGCAUGUUUUCAUAAAGGGAAGAAAGUGAAUGAGGUAAAGCGAAUGUUAGAUGUUCGUGGAUUCUUUCCGACAUCCGGAAUUAGAAUUCUCAUUGAUAGGUCUCUCAUAUCAAUUUAUUCAGAUAAAUGGAAAGGGGAAAUCAUAGAGAUGCACGAUUCGCUACAAGAAAUGGGAAUGACAAUUGUUCGGGAACAAUGUAUUAAAGAUCCUGGUAAACGGAAUAGGUUGUUCACGAAUGAGGAUGUCCAUCGUGUACUGAAAAGUAACACGGAAACUCCAAUUGUUGAAGCCAUUGAACUUAGUACGUCGUAUGAGAGUGAAAAGCAACCAUUGAACUUCAAACUGAUGUCAAACCUAUUAAUGCUUAUUGGGCAUACUUUUGGAUUAUUAGACUACAAAUCGGCCGCUUCUCUAGACCUUCCCGAUUCUCUUCGUUACCUUUACUGGUGGGGAUAUUCACUGGAAUCUCUGCCGUCAAAUUUUUCCCCGGAAAAUCUAGUUGAGCUUCAUAUGCCAUGGAGCCGAGUUAAGAAGCUCUGGCAAGAAGACCAGAGACUUGUGAACUUAGAAGUGAUCGAUCUGUUUCACUCUAUGUAUCUAACUGAAGUUCCAAAUCUCUCUGGGAGUCUAAAAAUUGUGAACAUAAAUCUCUUUGGCUGUGAAAGUUUGGUUGAAAUUCCUGGGUAUUUUCAAGAUCUUGACGAGCUUACUCAUCUUGAUCUUCAGGGAUGCAAAAGUCUCAAGUAUCUUCCAGAGAUGCCAAGAAAUAUUAAAUACCUGGAUUUAUCUGAGAGUGGUAUAAAGGAGUUGCCCCAAUCAGUUUGGUCUCAUGAAAAAAUUUCUUACUUGGGUAUAAGUUCGUGUGGAUACCUUGAGAAACUUCCAAGCAACAGGUGUAAGUUGAAAGUCUCUGGUUCAUUUUAUAUAAAUUCCUGCACAUCUCUUUCCGAGUUUUAUGAGCUUCCCAGGGAUAUAAAUGAAUUAUCAUUGGUUAGUUGCACGAGACUUGUGAGUCUACCAACCAACAUUUGUAAGUUGAAAUAUCUCAAGGGACUCAAUCUUUCCGGAUGCUUUAAACUUGAAAACUUCCCAGAGAUCUUGGAGCCAAUGGAACAUUUGAAGUCCUUAAAUUUAAGUGGAACAGCGGUUCAAGAGCUACACUCAUUAAUUGAGUUUCUCCCUGCUCUCAAAAGACUUAUACUAAAACGUUGCAAAAGGCUUUCAAGUAUGCCAAAGAGCAUUUGUAAGUUGAAAUAUCUCGAGGUACUCAAUCUCUCCAGCUGCUGUAAAUUUGAAGACUUACCAGAGAUCUUGGAGCCAAUGGAACAUUUGAAGUUUUUAAAUUUUAGAAAAACAGCGGUUCAAGAGCUACACUCAUUAAUUGAGUUUCUCCCUGCUCUCAAAAUACUUAACCUACAACGUUGCAAAAGGCUUUCAAGUAUCCCAAAGAGCAUUUGUAAGUUGAAAUAUCUUGAGGAACUCAACCUCUCUUGGUGCUCCAAACUUGAAAACUUCCCAGAGAUUUUGGAGCCAAUGGAACAUUUGAAGUCUUUAAAUUUAAGUGGAACAGCGGUUCAAGUGCUACACUCAUCAGUCGAGUUUCUCCCUGCUCUGAAAAUACUUAAACUACGAUUUUGUAGAAGCCUUUCAAGUAUCCCAAUGAGCAUUUGUAAGUUGAAAUAUCUCGAGGAACUCGAUCUCUCUUGGUGCUCCAAACUUGAAAACUUCCCAGAGAUCUUGGAGCCAAUGGAAGAUUUGCAGUGCUUAAAAUUAUGUGGAACAGUGGUUCAAGAGCUACACUUAUCAGUCAAGUUUCUCCCUGCGCUCCAAUGGAAUUCACUGUUCUCCGAGGCAAUGGAAGAUUUUAUGGAAGAUUUUUGGUAAGUGGAACAUCGGUUGAACAGCGGUUAAAAAGUCGUUUUUAAAACCACUGACAGAUGUAAGCAAGAUCAUAAAGUUAAAGGGUAGGGGAACUUAUAGCUUCCAAAAGUUAUGUUCGUGGUCAUACUAUAUAGGCGCAUAACUGUAACCAUGGACGGUGUUCAUGCCUGCACUAUCAGCUCGAAAUGUCAUAUGCAAUAACGUCAUGUUCUCUUUCAAUGUAAUGUGGCAUGAUGGAUGGGUAGUCAUUCUAUCAAUCAAGAUUGCACAUUCAGACAUGACUCGAUUUAAUUGUAUUUAUGGAUGUUUGUAUGUCAAUUGGCCAGCAAAAAAUUACUCCCAAUUACAAAUAAAAUUUUAUAUCUACAAAAUACC